CGAUCUUCAACGUGAACUUCAACAAUCAUUGUUGUGUUUACUAUUCCAAUCACGCUUUAGAAAGCAUCUCUCCUGGCACGUUCUUUUUCAAGUUUCAGAAUUCCUAUGGAAUUAUUUUGCUCUCUUUACCCGGCGUGCUAUACCUCUUGCUUUUUGCUUACUACUUUAAUUGCGCCUGCACUUACGAUCCCUGUCCUCCUUAUAACGAUGAUAUGAAGUACGAGUCCAUGCAUUUGAGGUUCAAUUAGUACAACAUGGAUUCUAUAGCCGCGCGCGCGGAUGCUGUUCGCAAUGCAGUUACAUCAAUAUCAACAUGCAAUCCGACCAUAUCAGCCAACUUGAAAGAGUUAUUCCAGCUGAAUGACAGUAAUAAUAACGAUUCCGCAAAACCAGGCCCGAGGCCUCGAAAUACUAAGAUCACUCGAGCACCAAGCAAGACGAAUAACAAUUCCGUAGCGCGAAAUACGUCUGAUAAUGGCCAGUCCUUAACCGCGAAGGAGAAGGCUGUAUUGGCCACACAAGUUAUUACUACCAGUCUUAAAGCUCUAGGAGAAGCUGCAAAGACGGUUUCUAGUCAGAACCACGAAACACCCGAACCACCAAAGAACGUCCUAGCCAAGUCUACGGUUCGCAAUGUAGUUCAGAGAGCGAAUUCAGCACCGAUAAAACCUAUACAGCGCCAAUUGAAUCGUUCCACAACAUCACCCAGCGUACCGAAGACACGAUCACCUACACCUGUUCCGUCCUCAACAGGCUGUCUAUCGUUAAUAGAAUGCGUACGGACAUCUUUUUCAAUACUAUCAGCUUUAGAAUCGUCGAAGGCACUUCGUCUCCCGGAGCUACAAUGGGAAAAUGGAAUGUCCUCUUUUAUCAGUAAACUAAUCGGGCUGAAUCACUAUGACUUAGCGAUCAAGGAACUUAGAAUACUGAAAAGACGAUUGGAAAGAAUGGGCGGUGAAGAUACCAAGAACACGGCGACGCGCGCAAAGGUGGAGUCACAUGUGAAUCCACGAACACUAUCCGAAUUGCUAGAUUUCACCAAGGCUACUAUCUCUAGUCCGGCACAACUUGGCUUAAUUAUCUCCUCUCAGCUUCAGGUCCUUCGAAUCGCCCAUGGCCUGAAGAAAUCGGCACAUCUUGAAAAUAUGCUACCCCUAUUACGAGAAAAUUGGCCGAAUUCGCCUAUGAAGCUACUCCUAUUAUCACUCAAAGAUAGUAAUCCGGACCAGACGAAAUGUGCCAGGAAUCUGGACAGUCUAUCUCAAAGUCUUCUAGCCCUGACGCCGAGUGUUUCUGCCAAAGAUGACGAUAUUGCUGCGGAGCCCAUGCUCUCUCCUAACACCCAAGUAGCACUGGAGGUACAAGCGCUUGGUCUGAUCACACGUCUACAGUCUUGGAGUGUGUCUGGCCACAGAGGAGAUGUAGAUAAAGAUAUCCUGUCUCCUCUGUCCAAGUGUCUGUCUGCCUUUGUGAGGAGAUCGCCUUCUAGUAACUUGUCCAUUAUAUUCUCGGUUUUCUCACAGAUCUGGAAACGCAUCGAAAAGCUAGGGCUUAGACCAACCGAAUCAUCACGGUCUCCCUUAGCUGCAAUUUACCAGGUCCUUGCAAUAGUCUCCAGGGAAUCCGGUGACACCAACGAGGCUAAGAAGUGGGUUGGUAAAAUCAAAUCCUUGACUGAUCCAAGAGAGGAUUCUGCCGCCAGAUGUUGUGCAAUUGCUGCUCAGUUGCUCGCGCUUUCCCUCAAACAAUGGUCUCAGGUUAAUGAGGCUCUGCUAAUGGAAGUGCUGGACGGACUACGAGGACCCCUCGGUGGCACGACCGCCGAGAUGGAUGACCUACUAGUUAGUGUCUGUCUCCUACGCAAAUCUGUGAUGAGCUUGGUUGUGGAAACGCAUGAGGGUUCUUCUCCACUCUCACAAGCUACUAUCAAAAUCCUCGAGUCCUUUAUAUUUCAAUUGCCACGCUUUACUCUGAGAUGGUUAGGUAAACCCCCGAGCACAGCAAAUGGCCCAAAAGAACUCCUUCGCUUUGAGCAGCGGCGAGGGACAUUAUCAACACAGUUGCCUCAAAUUCUCGAUUCUGCACUGCUGUUUGCAAAGCUACUUUUGGAUGAUGGGCAACUAACGUGGGAUAUGAUGGACUCGACUUUACAAGAUUGUCUAACUAUCUUAGAAUAUAUGGGGGAUCUUGCUCGGCCUGGUACCAAGGUCAACCCCACCCCGUCAUAUCACGUCAAGAUCUCGCAUUUCUAUUAUCAACAACACAUAGCUUUCCGAAAGACUCCUUCGAAAGAGACAGAGGCGACUUCUUUGAAAGCUCUUCGCAAAUCCGUUGAGAGCGUUAAGAAUCGGUCUGAAGCCGAGCAGUCCCGAGCGCAGUUAUUGGCCAAAUGGGAGAGGUUUGCUGAGCUAUGCCGAGCCUCAGGCAGAUUAGACGAUGCCGCAGAUGCACUGCGCUCUAUCAGGGAUCACCUCGUUCGACAAGAAGUUGUAUCCAAAGUCACCAAAAUUCUUGCAACGGAACCGUGGUGGAUGGCCUGGCAAUUGAAUCCCGACGUUGAUCAGCUCUCACGGACAGUAUGCAACCUCGCCAAACUAGAUCGAAAGCACAACGACUGGACUUGGUUGCUGUCUGGCUUAGACAAAGCUACGGCUUUGGAACACGACCUCUACGCAAUCAUCUUAAAGGAUCCUAAGUAUCAUCAGGAGGCAGAUUUAUCGGGUUCUACGGUCAAUGCAUUAUUGCAGAUUUACUCCGCCGAAAGAUACCCAAUACGUAGGUUAAGGACCUUGUUACACCUUCUCGCGGUGAAAAUUGGCGCACAAGACGAGGUUGCUGAAUUGCAAGCGGAAGUCAAAGCCGUCUUAGAGAUAAUCCGCGGUGAGACUUUAGCCGACGACUCAGGUCUCGUUCGUUUCGUCUCACAUCUGCAAGCACUAGCAACGUGCAUAUUGGGGCUUGCUACUCCAGAUAUAAAAACGCCACCGGUCAAAGAAGCGCUUGCCAACUGGAAGGCCAUGGUCUCCAAAUGCGAAUCAGCUGAGCAAUUGUCGGCUUAUAUCGACAACCCGCCACAGCUAAUCACCAUUCUACAAUCUCUCGUCGACUUUGCGAGAAUAGAGGGCUUGGAAACCCUUCAAACCGAAAUACUCGAGCUUUCAAUCAGCAUUUCUAAGCUUUCGCCAAGUAGCAAUUUCGAAGUGCUGAUAAGCCAAAGCAUCGCGCUCUGUCAACAGCAUUUGAGCCAUGGCUGGUCAUCCAAGGCCGAGAAGCUGUUGCAAGACAACGAAGAACGUCUUUCUCGACCGGAUGUGGAUAGGGAACUUGUAGUAGCUUACCAAUUAGCGGCUGCUGAGUAUCACUUGUCCCUGGGUGCCAUGGAUAAAGCUGAACAGCACAUGUCUAAUGCACGCGAUGCCGAGACGACUUUGUCCUAUGAACCAGGAUCAAAGAAGGGAAAGAGUGCCCAUAAGAGAGUCAUGAUAGCUCGGGCCUAUUCCCUAAUGUCAAGUCUCGCGUUAGAGAAAGGUGAUUGCUGCAACGCUUUGCGCUUCGCGAGAACUGCCGUUAGGAAAUUGUUUCAUGAUUGGUCCAAGUUAGAUGAGACGAGGCAUAUCUCACCAGAUGUCACUGUCGACGAGUCUUCGCAAGCAGAGACUUCAGAGAAAGACCAGAGUAUGAACAUUUCCUACUUGAGUCAGUCUAGCCCACCUCGUGCGGCUACUGGUCCAGAAUACUGGGCUUUAUCACAUCCGUUAUUUAGUUUCCUGUUACAGCUUUCUUCGAUCUACUCUCAUGUCGGCGUGUACCAGGAAACAUUGUACUAUGCCGAACAAGCACAAAAGGUAGCAAAGGGUAUAGGAUCGGCUGUAUAUAUGUCUCAAGCUCUCGCUUGGCUGGCACAUGUGUGGCUUAUGGCCGGCAAACUAGACAAAGCAAUGGAGCUUGCUGCGGAAAUGAAGCCCAUAACCUUAGGCCUGGAACCGACAUAUCAGAAUGCCAAGGUGCUAUGCCGUCUAAGUUCUAUAUAUGGAGAACUCGAUGAUUCCGAUACGCAGGCAGAGUUACUAGCCAAGGCGGAGUCUAUGCUCGAGGUAUUGAGUAGCGAUGAUAAGGAUACGAAGGAUCCGAUCGCAGGCGAAUUGGAAGCCAAAAUGACCAAGCUCAGUAUUGAGGAAAAGCCCGUUAGUAAAGUACCCGUGCGCCGUGCGACCACGAGAGUGCCAAGGGCUACGAAGACGGCUGCGAAGAAGCCGGCUCCAAAGAAAGCAAUCCCGGCUCCUCCCGUUGAAAUUUCGGUGCCAAUGAAGGCUGAAGACGUGCAGUUAUCUUUCCUGCGCGGGCUGAUUCUGCAGAAUCAAUCAAUUAUUCACAUUGCCAAGGAUGAUUGUUCGACGGCCGUAGCUACUUUGCGGACUGCGUACGAGCUUUCCAGGAUACCUGCAGAUGUGUCACAAAUCUGCUUUCUAAUGGGUGUCGCUCUGAUAAGGCAGAGCCUGGAACAGAUUGGACAGGACGCAGUAUUCUCGGUCAUUCAAGAUUCCACGCUCUCAUUCCCUUCGGUAGUCAGAUUGUCUAAGGAGAGAACAUCAGCAGAUCGGUUGUCCCUACCGCAGACUCCGGCUCCUCGUAGGGGUCGAGGCCCAUCAAAAAAGGCACUGAACGAUACAAGAUCAUUCAUCGAGAAGUUGCGCGAGGCCCAGGGUCAUCUACUAACAGCACAUUCGAUUGCGAGUCUUAAUGGAGACGGUCACUUGGUUCAUCGAAUUGCUGUAGCGUUACAAAGUGUAGUUAUUCUUCUCUCGAACACAAACUUGUCGAACCCAGCCGCAAGCCACCCUUUUCACGCCACCUGCGCCGUUGAACUCGCACGUAACCUAACAUGGCGCCGUGAACGAAAGACAGUUCAUUUAGAUACCUCGAAGGACUCGAAGAUUGAUUGGCCUACCCCGACAGUUGAUGCCGGAACCAGACGUACCAGCCUCGGACUUUGCCUUGAUAUGGACGGCCUCCUGAAGGAUUUUGUCGACAUUGUUCCUAAAACCUGGAAUGUUGUAUCGCUGUCCCUGAGUCAUGACGAACGUGAUCUUUGUAUCACAAAACUCCAAGGAGGCCAGGAACCAUUCGGAAUCCGCCUCCCACUUGAGCGAGCCGCUUUGAGGGAUGCGGACUUAGAGGUGAUCAGUUUCCAACAAGGACGAGCAGAACUGCAGGAAAUUAUCGAGAUGGCCAAUCGUACAUGUCAUGAUGCUCGCGAUAUGAGCCAAAAAGGCGCCAAGUCCGCGUGGUGGGCGGAACGGGAAGAACUAGACGAGCGUCUGAAGAACCUCAUGGAAUGCAUCGAGCAAUCAUGGCUCGCCGGCUUCAGAGGCAUUUUCUCUCAACAUCGCCGAAGGGCUGAUUUAAUCGCAAAAUUUGAGAAGGAUUUUAUGAAAAUUCUUGACAAACAUCUCCCUUCUCGGCGUAAAGUCCACGGUAGGAAAGCGGCCGCAAAGCCCACGACACGCGUCAACCUCGACCCUAGAGUCUAUGAUAUGAUUAUAGGCUUGGGCGACCCCACAGCCCCCGAGGGCGAUUUGGAUGAGCCGCUGAUGGACUUGCUUUACUACAUCGUCGAUAUCUUGCAGUUCCAUGGCGAGAGGAACGCUUACGACGAAGUCGACUUCGACGAAAUGGUUAUAGAUACCUAUGAUGCUUUGAAUUCGUAUUACGUAACUGCUAAGGGCAUUAAAGAACCGGAGGAGGGCACUCAUACUAUUCUCGUCCUUGACAAGUCUCUACAUCCAUUUCCCUUUGAGGCUCUGCCUUGCCUGCAAGGGUUGGCCGUCUCGCGAGUCUUCUCGCUUGACUGUCUACGAAGACAAAUCCUAGACGCCAGACUCGCCAGCCCGUUUUCUACUAAGAAGGACGAGGAAAUAAUCAAGGGCCCCAAGAUACGAGUCGGCCACUACAUAUCGGUUAAUUCAGGAACAUAUAUACUCAACCCCAAUUGUGACCUCAAGAAUACCCAGGCCACUUUUGGGGACCCGUUAUCGACUCUGCCUCCGACAUGGAACAACAUCGAGAUGCGGGAACCGACCGAGGCCGAGUUCGAAGCAGCCCUCACGGAGAAGGACUUGUUGCUGUACUUUGGACACGGUAGCGGAGCACAGUACAUCCGUGGCCGCACUAUCCGUAAAAUGGAGAAGUGCCGCGCGGUUGCGCUGCUCAUGGGCUGUAGUUCAGCAUCGCUUGCAGAGGUGGGCCGCUUCGAGAGCUACGGCACGGUGAGGAACUACAUGCUGUCCGGCAGCCCGGCCGUCGUGGGCACGCUGUGGGACGUGACGGACCGCGACAUCGACCGCUUCGCCGGGCGCGUGUUCGAGGAGUGGGGGCUCAUGCCCAGGGGGACGUUCGCGGAGGACGCGAAGGGGAAGAGAGUGGCGAGGGGCGAUAGAGGUCCGCAUAGAAAGAGGAUCGGGGUCGUCGAGCAGAGCGGGGAAGGCCCGACGAGCCUCACGGAGGCCGUUUGCAAGGCCAAGGACGCGUGUCGCUUCAGAUACCUGACGGCGGCGGCCGUCUGUGUUUACGGCAUCCCGGUUUAUCUCAAGCAUGAUUAAAGGGUUAGACACGGCAAAUUAAAGCGUGGUGAGGGAACUAGUGCGCAUGACGCAUAUCCUAUCCAUGAUUCAGAAAUAAAGCAUUAGAACAUAUCAGGGGAAGGGGGCAGGG